ACUGAUGCCAAGUCACUGCUCAGUUCGUCUACUACUGUGGGUCUCUCCGUGGAUAUUUCGCUGUCGCAACGCGUCCUCGACAUAACGAUAAUAAUAAUAUAGCUAUUGAACUUGUACCGUGGCGUAAAAUAUAAGUAAGACAUCGCGUCGCAGAAGUGUCUGUACACACAGACGUACUUGACCGUCUUGAUUGUACAAUAUCUUAAUAAUAUUAUUGACGUACGAACGAGAAAAACUUCGACGAAAUGUCCGCUUACACUGCAAUGAUCAAAUCUUUCGCAGUUGCCGUCAUUCUGUUUCAGAUAUCCGUCACUUUCGCCGAUGCAGGUCACCACAGACGAGGCAAAGAACUGUUGGACACCGAAGACAGCGACUUCUUUCGGUGUAAACAAGCCACCAAGAAGUCAUGUUGUGGCCCAGAAAAUGCGAUGAAACGAUUUGGCGAUAAAGACAAAGUAGCAGCUGACGAGUGUUACGCACAAGUAGCUGAAAAGUUUGCAACAGUUACAGCUACUACACCCAAACCAGACUUGUUUUCCAGUGAAGCUGUAAAGAUUACCAAGAAAAAGCAAUUCUGUCUUCACGAAUGUAUCGGAAAGAAAAACAAAUUGCUCGCCGAAGACGGUUCACUGAACAAAACGUUUAUAGCUGAUUACGCAAUGAGGAGCGUCUUCAAAGAACAGUGGCAGAAACAAAUAGGGCAAAAGGCCUUGGACAAAUGCCUCGAGGAGACCUAUAUACCAUGGCCAGCAGAAGAAACAGAACACAAAUGUAAUCCAGUAUACGUACAAUUCCAACACUGCCUGUGGUUCGAAUACGAAUCGAACUGUCCAAAUGAUAAAAUUAAGCUAACCAAAAAAUGCGAAAAGACACGAAAGCGAUACAGGAUGCAAAAAUCGCCAUCAAACUAAUGAUCUGCAAAUUAAUGAUAUUACUACUCUGAUUGAAAAACUUUGGAAUAAAUAAAACAUAUUACACACGUUUUCAGUCAGUUCAUUAAAAUUAAAAUCUAUCGUUUAGCUUCAUUAUUAUUUUUAUUAUUAUUAUUAUUUUGUUGUGAGUACUUUUGGAAGGUUUAAAAAUAAUAAUAACUAAUUGUAUGGAGUUAAGAUCCCACCAUGGUUUUAUUUUUUUUAUUAUAUUUUAUUGUUUUUUAAUUGUUUACACAUAAAAUAAUUAUGCUGUUUUUAUAUGAACUGUGUUAAUGAACACAUAUUUUAUAUAUUAUCAUAUUAUAUUGUAUUAUAAUUUACUGUCACGCAUAUAA